ACCUUUCUCGUCGUCGCACACAAUAUUCGAGUGUGUGUAAUAUUGCGUGUAUAUAGACCGAUUGAGUGUACGCCUCACGAAAACGAUAAUAUUAUUAUAAUUUAAAAUAAGUUCGCCUCGCCGGAUGAAACGUGAUUAUUUACCGUUUAUUAGGAUUUGUAGAAUACGAUUAUUUACCUAUUAUGUUUUGAUCUAAGACAAAAAAAAAUUAAACAUAAUACAAUUUCCGACUUUUGCCGCUCCACCGACGUUUUACUCGCGUUGCUCGACAUUUUGACACAGAAGACGAUAACGAACAUAUUAUACUUAUUAUUGUUGAUGUAUAUUUAUUAUAUAUUUAUAUAAUUAUAAAUUGAAAAGGAUCCAAAAUGAAGCCGAGAAAAAGACAUUAUUCACGAAGUUCAUAUAACAUGCAAAAUAGUUCUCGAAUGGCUUCGUCGACAGCAGACUUAAGUAUGGAUUUGAGUGGAGAUGAAAAUUUCAAAAGCAAAAGGAAAGGAUCCGCACAUGGUAGCGAUUUUGACGAUGACAACAAUGAUGAUUCCAGGUCUAUUCGAAAUGACAAUAACAAAAAACAUAAUCACAGUGAAAUCGAGAAACGCAGAAGAGAUAAGAUGAACUCGUAUAUUACUGAAUUAGCUAGUAUGAUACCAAUGUGUCAUACUAUGCCACGAAAGUUAGAUAAACUGUCUGUGCUCAGGAUGGCUGUGCAACAUAUGAAAACAAUUCGAAGUACGGUUAAUUCAUAUACUGAAGGUCAUUAUAAGCCUUCAUUUUUAUCUGAUCAAGAUUUGAAAAAUUUAAUCACACAAGCUGCUGAAGGUUUUGUUCUCGCUGUAAGUUGUGAUCAUGGAAAGAUACUAUAUAUAUCUAAAUCUGUGAAUCAAGUUUUAAAUUAUAUACCAGAGGAUUUGGUCGGAAAUAAUGUUUUCGACUAUAUUCAUCCGAAAGAUGUAGCUAAAGUAAAGGAACAACUAUCCUGUUCAGACUUUGGCCCUAGAGAUAAAUAUAUUAACGCAAGUACAAUGUUACCGGUGCGUGCUGAAAUGAUGAAUACAUUGUCAAAAAUGUGUAGUGGAGCUAGGAGAUCAUUCUUUUGUCGAAUGAAGUGUAAAGCGUAUGAUAUAAAAGAAGAAACAGACACGACUACUGGAUCAAAGUACACUCAAUCAGAUAGACGAUAUAGUGUAAUCCAGUGUACCGGUUAUUUAAAACCUUGGACGCAGAUAAACGAAUGUGAGGAUGUAUCUGGGAAGAGUUUGGGAUUAGAAGAAGAUAAUGAUGGUAAUGGCGUUCGAGCGGAUUCGGGAUCUGCGAACAAUACAUCGUGUUUAGUAGCUGUUGGUAGAAUUAUUAAUAAUUUGGCUUCUUCUUCACUUUUAUCGGACAUAGUGAAACCUCCAUGUUUCACUUCAAAACACACAAUUGAUGGAAAAUUUUUGUCUGUGGAUCAAAGGGUUACAUAUAUAGUUGGGUUUUUACCUCAAGAAUUAUUAGGUACUAGCAUGUACGAAUACUUUCAUCAAGAUGAUAUUGCUAGACUUGUAGAUAUCCACAAAGCAACACUUCAAGAAUGUACGCCAAAAGACACAGAGGUAAAUAUAUAUAAAUUUCGGGCUAAAGAUAAAACAUUUGUAAACUUACGAAGUGAAUGGAAAAGUUUUCGAAAUCCUUGGACUAAAGAUAUCGAAUUUAUUGUUGCAAAUAACAUUUUAACUAGGUCAGAUUACAAAUCUGAUAGUAGUAACAAAUCAGAGUGUUCUUCACAGGGCCCAUCGCAAAACUAUUAUGAUAGUUAUACUGAACAACAAUUGUCUAAAAGCCAACAGCAGUUGGGUAAUAGAGAAAUACAAAAUUUGAUUACUUCACAUAUAGAAGCAAACAAAAUCGGUAUGCAUAUUGUCGAUACUGCUUUGGAUGUAAAGAAGACAGUUUGUGAAACCGACAGUUCUCCUCCACAAACUCAACAGGACACAAUAGAAGAAGUAGAGUCCAAGAAUGAUCGUUUACCGUUUAUGAAUUCACCGCUGGCGAUGCUCAACGAACCUGGUACGUUGUCGAGUAAUGGUGGCGACGGCGGCAGUGGCGAUACAGUUUCGUCGUUUACCGUGAUUCAGGAGAGCGUGAACCUGUUGAACUCGACUAAUACCAAUAGUGACUCGGGUAACAUACUCGGUGAAAUAAUGACACCAUCCCCACAACAGUUGUCUAAUUUGGGAACUAACGACGAGGCCGCUAUGGCUGUCAUUAUGAGCUUCUUGGAAGCCGACGCCGGACUCGGUGGGCCUGUUGAUUUUUCAGGAUUACCAUGGCCUUUACCGUAAUGCGUAUAAUAAUGAUUCAAUCAAUUGUAUUUGUUUUUCUAUGCAGCUGAAU